UUGAAAUAAACAGUUGAUGUGUCUAGAGAGCUUUGCGUCAUCCGGGCAGACGUUACAUGGAAUAUGCUCAUUUGUGGAGAAGUGUUGUGUUAUGUCAAAACAGCUUUUAAUUUGAAAGCUUUUGUCUACUUUGUAGGUGACAAGAUAAGCAAGACAUGAGCUCGUUCCAUCGACGCCGCUGAUUGCUGCACCGCAUCCUGCCUCGCUCCGGCGGAUUUUGCUGUUCAAAUUGGAUUCUUGUCGUUGUGUUCUGAGAUCCUACUGCCGACACAACAUCGACAUGGAGACUUUGAGACAGCGUUCGCGUCUCGAGAGGAAUGAGGAGGAAGGGAAACUUGGCAAAAGCCAGUCCCCGUUGUUCAGAAACAAAUAUGAUCCUCUCCUUAGGAGAGAUGUGCUGAGAGUUGCAGCGUUUUCUGUCAUUUUCCGUGUGGUCAACUGUUUUCUGGUUCAGAGCAGCUUCGUUCCAGAUGAGUACUGGCAGUCUGUGGAGGUCGCUCAUCGCAUGGCCUUCAAUUAUGGCCAUCUGACGUGGGAAUGGAAGGAAGGCAUAAGAGGCUUCACCUAUCCUCUCUUCUUUGCCGUCAUUUACAAAAUACUACACUGGAUAAACUGCGACUACGUGUAUCUUCUGAUUUGGCUGCCCCGCCUACUUCAAGCACUUGCCACUGCGUUUGCAGAUUUCAAAUUCUUCUUCCUUGUCAGAGAACUGGAAGAUCGAGAUGUCGCGAAAUGGACGUUCUUCUGCCAUCUGUGCUCGUGGUUCACAUGGUACUGUUGCAGCAGAACGCUGACUAACAGCGUGGAGGCCACAAUCACUUGCCUGGCUCUGUGCUACUUCCCCCUGCCAGCAUCCAAAACACACAGCAGCAAAAAAUUUUUGAGCCUCAUUGCACUGGCGAUUGUUGUUCGCCCAACGGCCCUGAUUGUCUGGCUCCCGCUGUUGAUUUACCAUUUCUGGCGGGACGAUAAAAAACUGAGACUCGUGGUUCAUGACUACAUCCCCAUUGGGGCUUCUACCAUUGUGAUUUCAACCAUCAUCGACUCCAUCUUCUAUGGAAAGUGGAUCUUCGUGCAGUUCAACUUCCUGAAGGUGAACGUCUUGGAUGGAAUGGCUGGUUUAUUCGGCACCCAUCCCUGGCACUGGUACCUCACUCAGGGCUUCCCAGUCGUAAUGGGCCCCCAUGUGCCAUUCUUUUUGUACGGAUGCUCCCUCGCGUUCAGAAAGUACACAAUCCUGCUGGUGGCCAUCACAUGGACCAUCGGGGCGUACAGUCUGCUUCCUCACAAGGAGUUUAGAUUCAUCUACCCUGUGCUUCCCUUUUGUAUGAUCUUCUGUGGAACAACGAUGGCUCGGAUGAGAGCUUGGCGACGAGCAGCCGCUGCUGGUUUGUUGGCAUCCAACCUGCUCAUAGCCCUCUACACGGGCCUGAUUCACCAGCGUGGCGCUCUGGACGUCAUGAGCCACAUCCAUGCCCUUUGUCACGACGACUCACAGCCGGAUGUCCUCUUUGCCAUGUCCUGCCACUCAACGCCUUACUACAGCCAUGUCCACUGCCCACUAAAGAUGAGGUUCCCCGAGUGCCCGCCUAAUCUCAGCCAGGUGGACGAUGUGAACGAAUCGGACAGGUUCAAUGACUACCCGCUUCUCUGGCUUCGAACUUCGUAUCCACAUGCGCAUUCACUUCCGACUCACUUGGUUCUCUUUGACGUUAUGGAAAAGAAGAUCACAGCAUUUCUGCAUGAAAACAACUACACGAAAACAGUCGAUAUAUUUCACACUCAUUUUCCCGAGGGUGGAGUUGGAGGAAGAAUCUUUAUUUAUGAAAGGCUGCGACAACCACAAGUUCAUGUUUGAUUUUAUGCACUAGAUGUUCAAAAAGGUUUUAAAAGAUUUUAUGCAUUAAAAAAAAGUUUGUGUGAAUUUGUCAUCCCCCCCCCCUUUUGCAGACGCACAUUAGAAAAAGAAAUGGUUGAACAGCAACAAUUUUAAAGCAAUCGCAUCACACAAGCUUGAACUUAGGAGCUUGAAAUCCCCCCUCAUCACAAUAGCUUGAGCUGCCAAUCAGCUAUUUU